AUGGAGGCGGGAGCAGAGGCCGCAGCAACGUCGGCGGCUGCGUCAAGGCCGCCGACGGUACCCCGUUCCGGCAGGAAUACUCGCCGCGUGCUUGUCUUGUAUCUAGGGGGAACCAUCGGCAUGAAGAAGAACGCCGAAGGCGCGCUGGAGCCCGUCGCCGGAUACCUGACCGAGCAGAUGCGCGAGAUGCGAGAGCUGAGGGAGAGCUCCGAAAUCUCGCCAUUCGACAUCAUCGAGUACGACGAGCUUCUCGACAGCAGUGACAUGAGCGCCGGCGACUACUGCCGCAUCGCCGCGGAUAUACAGGUGCACUACGACGAGUACGACGGUUUCCUCAUCGCCCACGGCACGGACACGAUGCACUACACGGCGAGCGCACUUUCGUUCCUUCUGUGCAACCUUGACAAGCCGGUGAUCGUGACAGGGGCAAUGGUGGCGCUGGCGGAGCCGUACAACGAUGCGCGCCGCAACGUGGUGAUCGGCAUGAUGAUCGCAUCGAACCCCAAGAUUUGCGAGGUGUGCAUCUUCUUCAACGACAGCCUGUUUCGCGGCAACCGGUGCAACAAGGUCUACCAUACCUACGGCGCCUUCCGCUCUCUCAACUACCCGGCGCUUGGCGUUCUGGGGGCUACCGAUUUUGUGCUGAAGGAGGAGCACCUGCUCCUGCAACCGAUGGGCGCCUUGAAGAUUAUGUCGGACAUGCGUGGACGCGUGGGCUGCUACCCGAUCGACCCCGAGGCCGAUGUGGACACCCUCCUCACAGUGCUGGAGCAGAAGCGGCCAAGGUCGCCUCCCUGCACCUUCUCCGUCACGGCAGCACCCUCGACAGACGACAACGACGGCACGCAGAAGCCUCUGCUGGAUGCUGUGCUGCUGUCUCUCAACGGUGUUGGUAGCGUGCAUGGCAUCGUGGCGGAGCAGCUGCAGCGAAUCGUCGCAGUUGCGCACAAGUACAAUAUCGUUGUCUGCGCUGUGGUGCGUGAUAUCAGCGGCACGCUGAACCCGUCCGAGGUCCAGCGCCUGCACGCCAUCUCGCCCGAGAUCGUGUACCUCAACGACAUGUGCGCCUCCGCUGCGGAGGUGAAGCUCAUGUACCUGUUCGGCAAAGGGCUCAGCCCUGCAAAGGUAGCCGCUGCCAUGACGCAGAAUCUUCGAGGCGAGAUCACCCCGCUAUUUGAAUCACAUGCCAAGCUGUGA